AUGGCUAAACUUAGCAAUUCAAAUAGUAUUUUGAAUAAUCGUUUUCGACAUCAGGUUUUAGCAACACUGACAGUGUGCAUUCUUACCUUUUCGCAUGGCAUCGGCUUGGGGUGGCUGUCACCAACUCUCUCGAAAUUGCAGUCGGAUACAACUCCCUUAAAUUUUAAUGUAUCUGUAGAAGAUGCGUCAUGGAUUGGUUCAUUACUGGGAUUGGGAAGUGUAUGCGGAAAUCUUAUUAUUGGAUUUUUACAAAAUAAAAUCGGCCGAAAAGCUUGUAUAUAUGUUUUAGCUCCGCCCCAUAUAUGUUUGUGGAUUCUUAUAUACUUCGCAAAUAGCGUGGAAUAUCUAAUGAUUGCCCGUUUCCUUGGAGGAUUGACUGGAGGUGGUUGCUAUGUGGUUUUUCCCUUAUUUAUUAGUGAGAUUGCAGACACCAACAUAAGAGGAACACUGGCAACUAUGCUCAUGUUAUCGGUCAAUACUGGCAUUCUGAUUGGGUUCAUAAUUUGCACUCAUGUGGCCUAUCACAUCAUACCGUUCUGCAUUGUGACACUGCCAGUUGUGUAUUUGCUGUUGGCAUUUGUCCUACCCGAAACCCCACAGCAUUUAUUGCGAAAGAAGAGGUAUGCGGACGCCGAGAAGUCAUUCUAUUUUUACCAAAUGUGCAAUAUAAAAACCAAAUUAAAUUGUCGCCUCAACUUUGACCACCUUAAAUCGAUUAUUGAAAAUAUAAACGAUGAGGGAUCAGUGGCUUUUAAGGACUUUGUGACAAAAGACGCCCUGAAGUGUUUUGCAACAGCAGCUGUCCUAUUAUUCGUAAACCAAUUCAGUGGAAUAUUUGCCUUUGUGAACUAUAUGUCAGACAUAUUUUCAAAUUCAGGUUCCACUAUGGAUCCUAAUACGUGUACAAUAAUAAUGGGUGUUGUACAAAUUGCCGGUACGUACGCAGCAACCCUACUAGUCGAUAUAUUUGGACGUAAGAUUCUAAUGCUAUGGUCGACUGGUGGCAUGGCAGUGGGAUUGGCUGCUUUCGGAGUAUUUACACAUUACGCCCAAACAAUGGAUCUAUCCCAGUAUUCGUUUGUACCACUGUUGCUGAUGUCGUUUGUAUCGUUUAUUGGCAAUAUGGGAUUGAUAGCCUUAACAUUUGUUGUGUUGGUCGAAAUAUUUCCCUCUAAGAUUCGACCAAUUUGUGCGUCAGCCUCUAUGGCCAUUCUAAGUUUACUGGUGUUUGCAAUGCUCAAAAUCUUUCCACUCUAUAUGGAUUCGUUUGGUAUAUCUGUCACGAUGUGGUCAUGUGCUCUGGUUUGUGCCACCAGUUACCUGUAUUUAUUCGUGUUUCUUAAAGAAACCAAAGGCAAAUCAAUGGACACUGACUAA